AUGACAACCUCCAACGGCAACAACAAUACCAGCAAUAAUGAUGAGGACAAGAAGAGACUGCGACAAGACUACGAAACACACAUCUUGUGGGAAUUCCGAAAUGCCUUUCAAAGUGUCCAUGAGUGGUUGUUGUACCAUGAGAACAGCCACUUGUUGAGGGACGACGAGCACGACUUUUUGGAGAGCCUGUACAGUGAUCCCACCUUGUACUGCGUGGCGGCUGGCCUUGGGACCUUGGCCAUGCUACGAAUGGGACGUGGAUCCUACCGUCGGCGCCGUGAACGACGAUUACUGCAACAACAGCAGCAACACCCAUUUGGCAAUCUUCCUUCUCCCGAAGCCGUUGCCAAUGCUGGUACUAACAACAACCAACGCAGUACUAGUCGACUGAGGACUGUUGCCACGUUUGCCUUGGAUUUCACAUGCUGUUUCAUGGCGGGAGCCGUUACUGGAACAUACAUGGUGGAUAUUAACGAAGCGCAAGGAGGUCUGGAGCAAAUUCCACUUUCGGCGGGUCAUUCGGGCAUUGCCGAUCAAUUUUGUCCCGUGCUCAUGGAGGAAUACAAGGAACAGUGGAAAAUGGCUCACCGACAGCACCAAACCAGCAACACCAGUCAUACAGCCACCGUCAUGAAUUUGGGAGUGCUGGGCAGUCUCCAGGUGGAAGCACACGAUGAGCACAUUCCGGCAGAGGAGCACAAAGACAUUCUACUUCAUCCAAGAGAUCCCAAUCUACGCGCCCAAAUUCUCUUUGUCCAAAACUGCCGUAAACGACAAGCCAUGGAACAACGAUUGCGAAAAGAACGGGGAUUGGUACUAGAUCCUUACCAACCUAUUUCCAUUCCUCCGCCAGGAGUUGUCAGUAGUGACGAUGACGAAGAUGACAUGACAAAAUGGCUCGAGGAAGACGGUGACGAUGACAACAAUAGCCAAGAGGACUUUUGGCCUCGGGAACAAGUCGCUUCAUGGGUCUCUGACCAGGAAGAUGACAAUGACGACAAUCCACAAAAGUAA